UAACCCGGUGAUGCUGGCUGUUUCCUGCUUCUUCCUCUAGCCAACCGCUGCUGGUGGUGAUUUUGUGUUAGUUGAGCGCUGUAGCCACAGCGAGACGCAGAACGUGGACGUCAGUGGCUUUUCACGGCACAAACCCCGAGUCAGCCACUGUAUUAUCCCAUCCAAAAUCACAGCAAUGCGCAGGAAAUCUAGGAUAUUACUAUGUUUCGCUGUGCUUUGGGUUCUAGGCAUAGCGUAUUAUUUCUAUUCGGGGACAACGCUGAGUCGAAAGGAUGACUGGAGUGGCAUUAAUUCAAACAGAAUUCAAUCACACAGCAAUGCUGAUGACAAAGCCCACAGCCUAGAGACCCUUCCUCCAGGAAAGGUUAGGUGGCAGGACUUUGACCAGGACCUGUACUUGGGAGCUACAGCGGUGAGACCAGGGCAGGAUCCCUACGCCCGCAACAAGUUCAACCAGGUUGAGAGUGACAAACUCAGAAUGGACCGCAGUGUCCCUGACACCAGGCAUGACCACUUCCGUCACAAACAGUGGAGGACAGAUCUUUCUGCGUCCAGUGUGGUUAUCACUUUCCACAACGAGGCCCGUUCAGCCCUGCUGCGCACUGUGGUCAGUGUGUUGAAGAAGAGUCCUCCUCAUCUGGUCAAAGAGAUCAUAUUGGUGGAUGACUACAGUGACAACCCUGAAGAUGGUGCUUUACUUGGGAAAAUCGAGAAAGUCAGAGUGCUACGGAACGAUCGUCGAGAGGGUUUGAUGCGAUCCCGAGUCAGAGGGGCGGAUGCGGCCACGGCCAGUGUACUAACCUUCCUUGACAGCCACUGCGAGUGUAACGAACACUGGUUGGAGCCCCUGCUUGAAAGGGUUGCUGAGGAUAAGACUCGGGUCGUGUCACCCAUCAUAGAUGUCAUUAACAUGGACAAUUUCCAGUAUGUGGGGGCAUCUGCAGAUCUUAAAGGAGGUUUUGAUUGGAAUCUAGUUUUUAAAUGGGACUACAUGACCCUGGAACAAAGACGAGCACGGCAAGGAAACCCCAUUGCUCCUAUCAAGACUCCCAUGAUUGCUGGUGGCCUCUUUGUAAUGGAUAAGAACUACUUUGAGGAGCUGGGAAAGUACGAUAUGAUGAUGGACGUGUGGGGCGGUGAGAAUCUUGAGAUCUCGUUCCGGGUCUGGCAGUGUGGAGGCAGUCUGGAGAUCAUUCCCUGCAGUCGAGUCGGUCAUGUCUUUAGGAAACAGCAUCCAUAUACUUUCCCAGGAGGCAGCGGAACUGUUUUUGCCAGGAACACAAGGCGAGCGGCAGAGGUUUGGAUGGACGAUUUUAAGAACUUCUACUAUGCUGCUGUGCCCUCAGCCCGUAAUGUACCCUAUGGCAACAUUCAGAGCAGGCUGGAAAUGAAGAAGAGGUUGGGCUGCAAACCAUUUAAAUGGUACCUGGAGAACGUCUAUCCUGAGCUACGGGUCCCUGAUCAUCAGGACAUAGCCUUUGGAGCACUACAGCAGGGUCAGAACUGUCUGGACACACUGGGACACUUUGCUGAUGGUGUGGUGGGGGUGUACGAGUGCCACAAUGCAGGGGGCAAUCAGGUACCAAUCCAAUCUAAGGAAUGGGCCCUGACUAAAGACAAAUCAGUCAAACACAUGGACCUUUGCCUGACAGUGGUGGAUCGCACCGCUGGCUCACAGAUCAAACUGCAGGGCUGCAGGGAGAACGACAGCAGACAGAAAUGGGAGCAGAUCGACAACAACUCCAAACUGCGGCAUGUGGGCAGCAAUCUGUGCUUGGACAGUUGGAGCGCGCGGAAUGGCGGCCUGACGGUGGAGGUGUGCAGCCCGUCACUCACCCAGCAGUGGAAGUUCACUCUCAACCUCCAGCAGUAGCUUGUCAAGCCGAUCUCAGCCCUCCCAUUCUCGCCCUCGGACAGCCCGUGCUGGGCACGCACUCGCCCCUCAGAGAUACAGACUCAGGGCCGCCACGAUGCGGUUUGGUGGUCCUUGAGGGCCACGGGGCAAUGAAAACACAAACAAGAUGAUGACUAUUUCCAUCUAACUAUAUACCUCACUGUUUCAUCUGUUGUCCAGCUCUUGGAAAGUGAAUCUUAAGUGUCUAAACUGUAUCGAAACCAUUUUUGGAUUUUUUUCUUCUUGUUUUCCGAUGCAAAGGAUCUGUUUUCUCGUCUUUCUUGAUUUUCACCUUUUCAUGAAUUCCAACAGUUUUUUUUGUUUGUUUGUUUUUUACAAAGGACAUCCAUUGUUCUUUUAUUUUUCUAGUCACGUUACCAAAAUUGUUGAAUGUAAAUGACAUGUUUUAUGGAGGCUCCCUUCAUGCGCUGUGAUUGGACUGGAUUCUAGUUUGGGUUAAUUUGUGGGCUCAUGGGAUUUAAGGGAGGACUCAUUUGUUCACC